AUGGAAAAAGAAUGUACUCGAAGAAAUUUUGUUUUUCCUGGGUCUAAUAAAAAGUGGACUUUACCAAAAGACCAAGAGUGUAGACAAAGCUUUAUCAAAACUAACAAACAUAUAAAUAAAAAAAUUUAUAAUUAUAUCAAGAUUCAUGAAAAUUAUUUAAAAAAAAAAUUAAAUAAUAAUCAAAUAAAUAAAAUUGUCUUAAAUAUUAAGGAAAUUCUACAAAGAGACAAAUACCCAACUUUUGAAAAACAUGCUCAUAAAAAAUGCCAACAAAGUAAGAACUAUAAUAAAGACAUGAAUAUUCCUUUACAAUUUAAAACAUAUCAACAUGUUAGCAAAAAGAAUAAAAAUGAAAAAACAACAAACACUUCAAAAAAUGAAAUGAAUUAUCUUAUUAACCAUUUUAAAAAUCAAAAUUUUUGUAAAAGUUACGAAAUUUUACAAACUCAGAAAAAAGAGUUAGAACAAAUCAUAAUAACAACACUUGACAAAAAUAAUAUUAAUGAUUAUUUAAAAAAAUUAAAUAAAAACGAAAAAAAAAUCACAAAUUUUAUUAACUAUUUUGAGAAAAUUAUUACAAAAAAAAAUCAAACAAAUUAUUUAUAUUACGAUAAAAAAUAUAUAAAACAAACAAACGAUCAAAUUUACAUUCUUUUAAAAAUCCUAUCUCAAAUUGUACACCUAUUAAAAGGUGUCUAUAUUUCGGAAAAUAAAAAAUUAAUUUAUAACUGCUCAUAA